AUGGACGCGCUCUGCAGGACCUCGAACGAGCUCAUCCAGGACGACAUUGCCAGGAUCUUGCGAUGCGUCAGCCGGAAUUCCGAGAAGGGCGCGCCGCAAGAGCUGGGCGCGGCAGACAUCAACACGGGCGAUGAUGCCGCGGCAACGGAGCCCGGGCGGGCCACGAAGCAGACGUCCGGCAUGGACUGCGCUCCGAGGCUAGAUCCGCGGACGUCGCUGCCGGAAACGGAGUCGCUCGACGGCCACUCCCCCCCCCCCAGUCUACACCCGCCAUCCCCAACGCUCCCGCAAGGCGCGCCGUCGACGCCGCAGUUCGCAGUCUCCCCGUCCGCGAAGUACUCCACGAGGCUCUCCGCGCGCCACACGCACGCCGAGAGCGCGCCGCCCACGCCCACGUGGCCCGUGGGCGCCACCUGCGCAACAGCGCACACCGCGCCGGUGGCGCAGCCCUCCGCGCGCAUCUGGUCCGCCGCGUCCCUCAAGCGCGGCGUCUUCCGGCCGCACGGCACGCUGCCUGACUGCGUGGUCAGGCUCGCGCCUCUGGGCCGUGGGCUCUCUCGCACUCUCACCGCGCUGUGCAAGGGGGCGGUGAGUGUGUCGCGGUGGGACGAGGCGGCGGGGCGCGCGGGCGGCGCGGGGCCGUGGCGCGUGCACGUCGCGCUGACGCACUCGGAGGUCGCGGACGAGCGCGGCCGGAAACGGCGGCCGUCGCACGGCGAGGACGCAAGCGAAGCGAUCGGCGGGCUCGCGCGCACGGCGGCCGGGGAGCUCCGCGAGGUGCUCCUCGUCGCAGCGACGCUGCAGGGGUCCGAGGACGGCCAAGCCAUGGACGUGUGCGGUGUCGACCGGUGCACGGCAGCCAAUCAGGGGGCGGCCUGGCAGCGCCUCACGAUCGAAGAGUACCUCCGCGACUACCGCGCCGUGCAGCUCAAGUCCGGCAUGCCCCUCAAGGUCGUCGUCGGCGAGCGCGACGUCCGGCGCAAGCUCACCAACGCAAGCGCGCAGAUGCUCAUGCUGCAAUUCGGGGCGGGGCUAUUUGUGUACUCCACGGGCCGCAUGCAGCUGCGGAAGCUCGUCGUGCCGGCGGCCGAGGUCGCGCAGGAUCUGCAGCUGCCGCCGCUGCACGUGUGGAGCUCGCGCUCCACGUGA